CGACGCUCCAAAGACGUAAACCUUGCCAACAUGGCGACGCUCCGAAGAGAGUACAGAGGUUUGGAGUAACGACCGCUUUCUAGCUGCGAAAAAUAACCUCAACGCCGGCUAAUACGAUGUGGUGGGGUUAGCCGGAGCCACGACGCGCACAGCUUUUUUAAAGAACAUGUUUGCAGAGGCCAGUCUGUCCAUCUGGGGAUGGGGGGGUCUUGGAGUUGUGCUGUUCUUUGUAACCUUUGGACCUUUUGCCAUAUUCUACCUGGCCUUCUAUAUAUUUUGCUUCAUUGGAGGUGGCUUUGCAGUCACUUUGCUUUAUGGAAAGAUAAACUCAGAGAAACACCUGGAAAAAUGCGAACACUCUUAUUUGCCACCCACACAAAUUGGUAUACCCAAGACACUGGAUGACAUGAAACUGGAGGUAAAGCCAAUAAAGAUUGACAGGAGACUGACUGGAUCCAGUUUCAUUGAUGAGCCACUACAACAGGUGAUCCAGUUUGCGCUGAGAGACUAUAUCCAGUACUGGUAUUACACUCUGAGUGAAGAUGAGUCCUUUUUGCUGGAGAUCAGACAAACUCUACAGAAUGCCCUCAUCCAGUUCUCCACGCGGUCCAAAGAGGUGGACUGGCAGCCUUACUUCACCACCCGCCUGGUGGACGACUUCGCCACCCAUUUACGUGUCUUUAGAAAAGCCCAGGAUCGCCUCGCCGACAGAGAGGACAAGCAGAGAGACAUAACGGAUGAGCUGGUUGACUCAUUUUUUGAGGCUGAAGUGGAGAUGGAAAGAAAAAUUUGUAGAGACGUAGUUUGCACAUCCCACCGCGAUGAAGAAGGUUUUCUUCGAGACUUGUGUGAGUUGCUUCUGUAUUUGUUACUACCUCCUGGAGAUUUCCACAACAAAAGCAUGAGAUACUUCCUGAGGGAGGUGCUAGCAUACGGAGUGCUACUUCCUCUGAUCAAUCAACUGAGUGACCCGGACUAUAUUAACCAGUUUGUCAUCUGGAUGAUUCGGGACUCAAGCUGCAACUAUGAAGCCUUCAUGAACAUCUUGAAGUUGACAGACAAGCCGGCCGAGCUGGAAGCUGUUAAAGACAAGGUGCUGGAGGAGCUGCUGUAUCUCCGCUCACUGGACACAGCUGGAGAUGACAUCAAUGUGAUCAAAAACCAGAUUAACAGUCUUCUGUUUGUGAAGAAGGUGUGUGAGACCAGGAUCCAGAGACUACAGUCCGGAAAGGAGGUCGAUGCCUUGAAGCUGGCAGCCAGUUUUGGCAAGCUGUGCGUUAUCCCACUGGAUCACAUCCUCGUCCACAACAUAGCGCUGCAGUUCUUCAUGGACUUCAUGCAGGCAGCGGGGGCUCAGGCGGAGCUGUUCUUUUGGCUCACUGUGGAGGGAUACAGGGUGACGGCUCAGCAGCAGCUGGAGGCGAUGCAGAGCUGGCAGAAAGAUGGCAAGAAGCAGCCGGGGGCCACCAAGGGCCUGCUGAAGGCGGCUGCACUGGGGGUCUAUGAGCAGUACCUUUCUGACAAGGCGUCUCCCAGGGUACAGGUGGACAAGGAGUUGGUAACAAAUCUGGGAGAGAAGCUGCAGAAAGAAGACCCCACGCCUGAAAUAUUUGAUGAAGUUCAGAGAAAAGUCUAUGAAAUGAUGCUACGUGAUGAGCGCUUCUACCCGUCCUUCAAGCAGAGUCCCCUGUACGUCCGCAUGCUGGCAGAGCUGGACAUGCUGAAAGAGCCAAGUUACAGAGGAUCUGAUGAUGGUGAUGGAGAGUCCUUCAACGGCUCGCCUACAGGAAGCCUAAACCUGUCACUGGAUGACCUCAACAACUCCUGCCAUGAUGAAUUCCUGCAGCUACAUGCCUUCAUAUCUGACACGGGGGUUUGCAACGAUCAUGGUAAGACCUACGCACUUUACGCCAUCACCGUGAUAAGACGCAACCCAGACGGCAGCGAGGACUCCUGGAAGACAUACCGCCGCUACUCAGACUUCCAUGACUUCCAUAUGAGAAUAACAGAGCAGUUUGAGAACCUGACGUCGAUCCUCAAGCUUCCAGGAAAGAAAACCUUCAACAAUAUGGACAGAGACUUCUUGGAGAAGAGAAAAAAAGACCUCAAUGCUUAUCUUCAGUUACUGCUAAACGCAGAGCUGGUGAAGGCCUGUCCAACUUUGAUUCCCUACGUCUAUGACUUCCUAGAAAACAAGGCCUACAGCAAGGGCAAAGGAGAGUUUGCACGAAAGAUAGACACAUUUGUGAAUCCUUUGCGGAGCUCCAUGAGGAACAUGUCCAAUGCAGUGAAAUCCCUGCCAGACAGCCUGGCUGAGGGAAUGAAUAAAGUCUCUGACAACAUGGGCCGCAUGUCAGAAAGACUUGGUCAGGACAUCAAACAGAACAUAUUUAAGGUGCCUCCACUUCUUCCAAAAUCUGACAUCGACCCAGAACACUGUCGAGUCUCUGCUCAGCUGGACGACAAUGUGGACGAUAACAUCCCUCUGCGAGUCAUGCUGCUCCUAAUGGACGAGGUGUUUGAUCUCAAAGAGAAAAACCAGUGGCUGCGCAGGAACAUUAAGAACCUGCUGCAGCAGCUCAUCAGAGCCACUUACGGCGACACGAUCAACAGGAAAAUUGUGGAUCAUGUCGACUAUAUGACCUCUCCAGAACAGGUGGCGGAAUAUGUGAAAAAGUUCAGGGAUUCCUACUGGCCUAAUGGGAUUCUAGCCGAGACCCCACCGCGCCGGGACAAGUGCAUCCGCAUGAGGACGCGAGUCGCUGCCAAGACCAGCCUGCUUGGCAUCAUGCCAGACGAGCUGAAGCACAUCAUCGGAGCGGACACCACCAGGAAGGGCAUCCUCCGCGUCUUCGACAUGUUUCAGUACCAGCCCAUGAACCGGCGCCUAGUCUACGUGUUCCUGGAGGGCUUCCUGGAGACCAUGUUCCCCCAGUACAAAUUCCCCGAGCUGUUCGUCAAGCUGCACUCCCGUUCGCCGCGCAUUCAAAGAUACAGCCAGAAACUCCAGUGCUCCACGCUGAAGAGGUGACAGGAAAGCACGGGCGGCGUUGGGACACGGGCCGGCGACAGACGCGCAGAGACUCCAGAGCCGGAAGUGAGGGUGUGUGUGCGUGAGUGAGUGAGUGUGUGGUGAGGAAGGGAGGUGUUACGCGUGUGAUCGCUAUACUUCACCUGCCCUCACACACUCCUAUCGUGGGGGGAAAACACUCCUGAUCGUUUCCGCUGACACGGAAACCGAUGAAUGAGCAGCUCUGAAAGACACGUUCUAACACAAAUUAUAUCAUUUGCACCAAGAGGCUGAACAUGACAGUCUUCUCUUUUAGUUUCUAUAUCUUUUUCUUGGUUUUUGGGUUUUUGUUUUUUCGGACUUUUUACUUUUGUUAAGCUUUACGUUAGCCAGCCAAUGCUGCUUUCUUGUGGUUUAGACGAGCAGAUUAUAAAAUACUGCGAUGUUUUUAGACUACAGGACUUAAUAGUGCAGACCCACACCUUGCCUUACUUUCCUGCUUCAGUCCUCUUAUGUUGUGGAGCCACAGAGCUGUAAUCAUGCAUACCACCACGCAGUCGACACAUGAGCUGCAGAAGCACAUAUUCUUGUUUCCACUCCAGCCAAGCAAAUGUCAGAAGCACUGGGUUAAACGGGCGCAGUCCUGCAAAUGUGAGCGAACAAGAAAGAGUCGGAACGUUUUGCUCGCUUUUUUUUUUUCCCCCCUGCCAUUAGUUUUCCUUCUCUCCACGGAUGGGCCACAUCCCCUUUAAUGCAACUGUCAUAGCCUGUGACAACCAAAGCUCAUGCUGUUUGUUUGUGUGUGUGUGUGUGUGUGUGUGUGUGUGUGUGUGCUCGCUUCUUACUGCUGAUCAUGCAAAGAAAGAAACCUUUAACAAGCUAAAAGGUGAGGGGAAUAUAUGUUCCGGUCGGCGUAGGUUUCUGCGUAAGUGUGUGUGUGUUGAGCUGAAAGACGCACCGUCUUCAGUCAGAAACUGUGCCAGUGUGAGCGAGUGAACCAGCCUUAAAUCCAUAAAUAUAUAUAUAUACACACACAGUGUAUACUGACCAAGAGAUGCACGGCAGAGGGAGCUCUCCGUCACGUGAUAGGACUUUAUGAGAAAAUCAAAAGGAGAGACGGAGAUAUUAUCACUUUUCUUCUGAGAGAAAAAAAAAAAAUCUUUUGAUUUGGUGCAAUAUAUUUUUGUGUAAUGCAUGUGCAUUUUGAUUCACGGUGUACUGAAAAUGGUCAUUCGUAAUCUUUUUAUUAGGAGAAAUCAUCAAGACGUCGUCUUAACCCCGACAACUUAACAUUCCGUUGUUGUAAAAUGUUUAUUUUACAGACUUGUUUUAUAAGUCUGAGGUUUUUGUUUUGUUUUUUUAAGUGUGCAGAAUAUGUCCACAUAUCCCAUGCUCGCUAUCACAGAGUAUCUGCCGUGGGUAUCGAUAAAGUUAGUAAUCAGUGAUCGAUCAGCUCCUGCACUACAGCUAGUUCAGAGGUGGUCUCGAACUGCUUCUUUUUAACCUCCUAAAUGGUGUUUCAUGCGUACAAGACUGUCAUGCUGAGCGCAGAGAUCUUCUGACCCGACUGCCUCCACUGCCUGUUUUGUGUGAAGCCCCUCCCGCCAACCCGCUAAAAUCAGGUCCAGCAAAAUCACAGAAGAGACUGUGGCCAAUAGAAUCAUUGCUAAUUAGCACUCACUGUAGCAACUGUGGAAGACCGGGCAAGCCCCAGUGGACUCUGAUUGGCUGGAGCAAGAAGGAUGUGAGGCGUUUCUUCAAGGGAGGGGGAUGUCACCUUUAGCUUUCUGCUCAACUCUCCAUGCAGGAAGUGUUUUUUUUUUUUAACCCACAGCAUAUAUGAAUCUAUGAUACAGAAAAUGAGUGCAUAUCUGUGUACAUUAUGUGUUAAUAGUGUGCCUAAAUGUACUGUCAACUCUAUUUUCAUAUUUUUCUUUAUCCAAGAAGAAAAGAAAAAAAUCCAUCGGAACGUCAUGAUCAUUUUACGUGACUCAAAAGCGCUUUGGGAUUUUAGGGAGUGUUUUGGCAUCGUACUCAAAAACUUCUCUUGGUGAGCGCUUGUGCUCAGAUCAGUAUAACACUAAUAAGAGGUAACUCAGACUAAAGGAGCCAUA